GUCCAAUCGGUAUAUUUGUGGCUGUGCGGCGUCACGUCCCUACAGCCAAUAGAGAGGUACUUCGAACGCCGCGGAAACUUGAAAUUUGGUAACUGCACUAAGCAUUUCCUAGUUCCGACCACGAUGGAAAAUAAACGGCUACUACAUUGCUCUCCCAUCCCUCCCAAACAGGACACUCCACAAUAUCAGGUGUCUCGCCUGCGUAGAUGGUUUAUUCAGGAUGCGCAGACGCGAGAGGAGCUGGAUGAAAAGUUAUCAACCUGCAAGAGCACGAUACGGGAAAAGGAGUCUCAGGUGACUCAGCUGCAGCAUCUUCUUCAGAAGGUGCGGAGGGAUCAGUCAGAGCAGGAGGUCCAGCACAACACGACUUUACAGGAACUGCAGGAUAAGAAUGAUGGGCUGCUGCAGCGCCUGCAUCAUGGAGUCAAACUGAGUCAGGAUCUAAAGACCAGUAACGUUCAAAAGGACAAAAGAGUGGAUGACCUCACUAAGGAGAUUAGACUGCUCUCAACACAGGUGCGCGAGCUCGCUGGGCAGGUGGCAUUUCUACAGCAACAGAUAAUGCAACUGCAAGAGGCGGAGCUUCAGAUUAGUAGCAGGGAGCAGGAGCUGGAGCAGGAGCUAAGCCAAGCUCUACAGCACCAGGAGUUUGUGGGCGAGCAGCUGGAGAUUGAGCGGGGGAAGGUGUCUGUGUUGAAGGAGGAGCUGAUGGAGGCACGCGCUCAGCUCUGUAACCAUGGAGAGGUCAUGGGGCCCAUCAUGGAGGUUGAUAAUUUGCAGCAGGAAGUGAGACAACUGCAGGCUAAGCUUCAGGAGUCGGAGCAGCGGGCAGAGCUGAGGAUGCAGGUGCGGCUGCAGGAGUGGGAGGAGUCGGAGCAGCGGGCUGCGCUGAGGAUGCAGGAGUGGGAGGAGUCGGAGCAGCAGGCUGAGCUGAGGGUGCAGGCCCUCAGGAGGGAGAUGGAGACACUCCAGACGCUCAACAGCACACUGCAGAGGGAGAACAGCGCCACACACAGGCUAAACCAUGCACUGCAGCAGCAGCUGGAUAAGGAACGCAUAUGCCAGAAGGAGGAGAGGCAGCAGGUGAGGAAGAGAGAGGAGAGGGGGAGGAUCCAGGACUUCAGCACAGACAGUUUCAUCCUGGACGACUCGCUCAAGUCAACCAGUACCCCAAUGGUGCGCGGCUCCAGGCGUCUGGCGCUGAAGCGGGGCUCCGAGGAGACUCUCUACUACACUCCCAUGGGGCCACAUCAGACCAGCCUCAAGCUUACAAGCUCCGCCCAACACAGACGCACCAUGCAGAAUGAGAGUUCCAGUCUGCAGUCCUCCACAGAGCCUGACAUCACUACGGCAACCGCUGCUACCAGCAACCACCUACUCAACCUCCCAGGGUAUCGCCGUAACAGUGCUGCUCCCACUGGAGCCUCCAGUGCCUUCUGUGUGGGUAUAGAGAAUGAGCCGGAGACCGGCGUGGACUGGCAGCGCAUUGCUGAGCUCCAGAGGAGGAACAAGAACUACCCUCAGCAUCUCAAGAGCAGCUACACACUCGAGACAAUGCAGGGUGUAGGCGCCCCGUCCGUGCUAAUGUCAGAGGAGGGGGUGCGUUUGGGCGACCCGUCGGAGACGCUGCGCCGUGCCUCCACCCUCCCCGGCCAGCCCCAGGCCUCCCUCGGCUCCCAUAGGCUCUCGCUGCAUCCAGCCAAGCGCCCCGCCACCAAUCAGGACCCAGCCUCGCCUAAGGUGAAGAGGCAGGCCACUGGUGUCUCCCGACCCAUGACUCCUAAGGACUCCCUGGCCAAUCAGAAUAGCCCACUCAAGUCCCUGGCUGAGCGCAGGGAGUCCAUGAUGUUCUGCAUCACCAACACGCCCCCGAAGAGAGUCUGCUUGCUGCGCCGUGGCCUCACGAAGCUUCGCAACAGCCCCCGGAAAAGCCCAGCCUCAAGCUCCGCCCCCCAGCACUCACCACACGCCUCCAAGAAUCUGAUGCUCUAAGAAGACGGGAUCAUUUUAUACUUUUUAUUUGUUUUAAUUAGGUUUAUAAAAAUAAAGAUACUUUGUAAAGAAGUGUGUUUGUCAUUUGAGAAAAGGAAGGGCAGGUCAUCUGUGUGUCUGUAAAAAUCAUUGUAAGCAAAUAAAGG